AUGGCCGAAGAAGAUUUGAGCACAGGGGAUUUGUUCCAGGAUCCCGAGGGAUUUUAUCCCGAGGAGGCUCAGCAUACAUUUGCAGAGCACACGAUGCUGUCGGGGAGACAGUGCGGCAAUCUUCUCUGGAAUGCCGGCCGGACAAGUUCACACUACAUUGAGGAGCAUACCGACCAAUUGAUCCGAGACAAGGACGUGCUCGAGAUCGGUGCGGCGGCCGGUGUUCCAAGUAUCGUGAGCGCCAUACAAGGCGCUCGUACUGUGGUGAUGACCGACUAUCAUGACCCGGACUUGGUGCAGAAUAUGCAGUACAAUGCUGAUCUGUCCGCCCACCUGAUUCCCGAAGCCCCAGAGUCUCGAAAGCGGCUCUAUGUCGAAGGCUACAAAUGGGGCAACCCAGUAGAACCCCUUCUUGCCUAUCUUCCCCCUACCACAGAUGGAACGCAAGCCAAAUUCGACGUUCUGAUCAUGGCCGAUGUGAUUUAUGCUCACCGUGAGCAUGGAAACCUCGUCAAGAUCAUGCAACAGACCUUGAAGAAAAACUCGACCUCUGUUGCCCUGGUCAUUUUCACAGCCUAUCAGCCGUGGCUGUUGCCCCAAACGGAGCGUUUCUUUCCAUUGGCUGAAGCGGGCGGAUUUACUGUGACCAAAAUUUUUGAAAAGCUAAUGGGGGAAGUCCUCUUCGAGAAUGAUCCCGGUGAUGAGAAAAUCCGACGCACCGUGUUUGGGUACGAGCUUCGAUGGGCACCAGAUCAAUUAGAGGAGACAGCUUUCAAGACCACUUAA